CGACAGGCUGCCAUCACAGCAGCAUAAGCUUCCCCUACCUGCUUUGAUCUGUCGCGACUGUAUGAUCCUACUUUAAUUAACACAAAAGUCGUCCACGCCUCGCCCCCCUCCAACCAAGUCUGAGCUGCAAACGCCAUGCGGCUUCUCCACUUUGACGCGCUAGGAAGGCUCGUCUCAACAGACUUUCGCGGCAAGACGAUCCCGCCAUACGCCAUUCUAUCGCACAGAUGGAGCGACUCCGAAAUCCUCCUCGAACACAUCGCAAGCGAAGUCUACAAGGAGAGGAGAGAAGGCUACCAAAAGCUCCAGUUUUGCGCCAAACAGGCGGCACAGGAUAAGCUGCAGUACUUCUGGAUCGACACAUGCUGCAUCAACAAGUGGAAUCUCUCCGAGCUCUCAAAGGCGAUUAACUCCAUGUUCCAAUGGUACAAGGACGUGACACGAUGCUACGUCUUCUUGUUAGACAUCUUAGUAUCGACUGCAACAGAGCCAGUCCAACGCAGUAACUGGGAAGCAUCAUUCCACAAAAAGCUUAUCACGCCGCCGUUAGUCGAGUUCUUCUCAUGCGAAGGACAGCCCAUAGGCGACAAGGCGUCACUCAACCAGCUUAUAUACGAGAUCACUAGCAUCCCGCUUACGGCAUUGCGCAAUUGCCCCUUGGACCAGUUUACUACAUCUGAGCGAGAGAGAUAG